GGCUACUUGUCAAUGGGAGGUUUGCACACGUUAAACUCGAGAGGUCACAAGCAUGGCGCUGUCCGUGUUGAAAAUACACAUUGCAUUUAUGAGCCUGCUCAGUGAUUUUUGAAUGAACUUCGGAUUAAUUUCGGAGUUCAAUCUCCUAAAUUGUUAUAUUGCUGAAUAUAUUUAGAAGUUUUUGAACUAUGUCUAGUUCAAAUGUCUGGAGUCGCAGCAGAGCGAGAAUGAGGCUCUUCCCAGAGCUGUUGGCUCAGUGUUCAGGAGAGGCAGCUGCUUAUGGUAAAUGUGUGGCCUCCACAACCACUGGCAAACAGGAGCUGACCAAAAACAUGUGUGUCAAAGAAUUUGAGGCACUAAAAAGCUGCUUUCAAUCAGCUGCAAAAAAGGGAGUAAAGUGAAGAACAUCAUGAAUAUUAUAUAUCAUGUUGACAUGAGAUCAUUAUAAUUAGACACUUAAACUUUUCUGAAGAUGAAUAUCUAUGUCCUUUUUUAAUAGUAGCCUUUGUCAUUUCUCUCUCUUUGUAAAUAUACAUACAUAUAUAAUAAUGUGUUUCAGAUGGAUAAUUGUAUUGUGCAGAAAACCACAAUGAAGUGUCUUUUUGUAUUAAAAGUGAAAACAUAA